CGAUUCGACUAUACACGUAUAUAUAUUGGUGAAGAGUAUCGUAAGAUUGUUACGGAACGGAAAAGAAAUUUCAAGGUUCACAAAUAUUUUUCGGUGUAUCGUUUCAAUUAUCUAAAAAUUAUCUAAACAAAGUUUCUAAGGAUUUUCGUUAUCGUCAAAAUGUUAAAUUUAUCCAGGGAAAUUCUGUAUAGACAGGUUCAGUUAUCAUGUCGUUGCUAUUCAAGUAAUGCCCGGACUGUAAAAUUAUUCAUUGACAAUGAAUUCAUUGAAUCUAAGAGUCAAGAAUUUUCCGAUGUACAUAAUCCAGCAACAAAUGAAGUCGUUUGUAGAACACCGGACGCGACCACGGAAGAAAUGGAAAAUGCAGUUAAGAGUGCUAAAAAAGCGUUCGAAACAUGGCAAUCAUCCAGCGUAAUGACAAGACAAGGUCUUAUUCUCAAAUAUCAAGCCUUGAUUCGUGAAAAUUUUGAACCACUUACAAAAAUAUUGGUCGAAGAAAAUGGCAAAACUACAGCCGAUGCCGAGGGAGACAUUUUACGUGGUCUUCAAAUCGUCGAUCACUGCGCUGGUAUGCCGAGUUUCUUGAUGGGAGAGUCCAUGCACAACAUAUCAACGGACAUGGACACCAUCUCCUACAAAGUCCCUCUCGGUGUGACGGCGUCCAUCUGUCCAUUCAAUUUUCCUGCUAUGGUCCCCCUGUGGACCUUUCCCAUUAGUAUCAUGUGCGGAAACACGAUGGUUCUCAAGCCGUCCGAGCGAGUCCCGAGCGCGGCAAUGGUUCUGGCUGAUCUCUUCAGGAAAGCGGGAGCCCCUCCAGGUCUGCUGAAUAUCAUUCACGGCCGAAAAGAGGCCGUAAACUUCCUGUGCGACAAUCCAGAGAUCAAGGCUGUAUCUUUCGUUGGAUCCGAUACCGCCGGUAGCCACAUUUACGAUCGAUGUGGCAAAAAUGGCAAACGAGUCCAAUGCAACAACGGCGCCAAAAAUCACUGUAUCGUCAUGCCGGACGCCAACAAGAACAAGACCAUCUCGCAGAUUGUCGGUGCUGGCUUUGGUGCCGCAGGACAAAGAUGCAUGGCUCUGUCCGUCGUUGUUUUUGUGGGCCAGUCCAAAGAAUGGAUCGGUGAAAUCGUCAAUGCGGCAAAGAAAUUAAACGUUAAUGCUGGACACGUCAAAGGUGCUGAUCUUGGUCCAGUCAUCUCGGCUGCUUCUAAACAACGAAUUUUGAAGUUGAUACAAUCGGGUGCGGACGAAGGUGCUGAAAUUUUACUCGAUGGAAGGAACAUCAAAGUACCUGGAUAUGAAAAUGGUUACUUCGUUGGACCCACAGUUAUUUCAAACGUAAAAACUGAUAUGCAAUGCUAUAAAGAAGAAAUUUUCGGCCCUGUACUUUUAUGCACUUCAGUCGAUACGCUGGAUGAAGCUAUUGCAUUAAUCAAUAGAAACCCAUAUGGAAAUGGAACGGCAAUUUUCACCACAAAUGGUGCUUCUGCCAGAAGUUUCGUUAACAAAGUUGAGGCUGGUCAAAUAGGAGUUAAUGUUCCAAUUCCAGUUCCACUGCCUAUGUUUAGCUUCACUGGUAACAAAAAGUCCUUCUUUGGAGACAAUCAUUUCUAUGGAAAACAAGGCAUCAACUUUUACACUCAACCAAAGACUGUGACGCAGUUGUGGCGGGCUGAAGAUAGCUCUAACAUUGCAUCGGCAACCACUAUGCCAAUAAUGAAAUGAACAUGAUAAAGGGAAAUUGCUUAAAAUAAUAAAUUACGACUGAAUUCAUCGA